AGGGUUUUGUAGCACCUGAAUCUGUAACAGAUUGUACGGACAUGGAGAAACCAUUGGCGACACUCGAAAGAGGCACGACAUGCUCGGCCUGGAACUACUGCGGCGAGAGAUUAGCCGCAGGUUCCGUCGACGGUUCUCUUUCCAUCUUAGAUUCUCGUGACUCUUCCUCUUCUUCCUUCAUUUGCUCCUCCAAACUCAAGGCCAGUGAAGCUGGUAUUGUGAAGGUUGCUUGGAUCCCUCCUGAGUAUGGGGAUGCUGUUGCUUGCAUUUGUGAAGAUGGGACUUUAUCCAUAUGGGAAGAGCUUGUAGAAGGUACACAACCUCCUCAGUGGAAGCUAUGCAAAAGCUUUAAGACUAGUUCGAAGGUUCUAGAUGUUCAAUUUGGAGUCAACCAGACGAGUUUGAAAAUGGUUGCUGCUUACUCAGACGGCUUUGUGAAAAUCUUUGAGCUCCUCGAUCCAUUGGAACUAAAGAACUGGCAACUUCAGGCUGAAUAUCAGAAUGUUAUAGAUUCCGUUUCUACAUUUGGGAAGGCUUCAUGCUUAACAGCUUGUAUUUCUUGGAAUCCUCAAAGGGGUGAAGGCCAAGAAUCAAGCUUUAUUUUGGGUUUCAAUUCUAAUACUCCACAGCUCAAUUCCCCCAAGGUGUGGGAAUUUGAUCCAGCUCAUCAGAGAUGGCUCCCAGUAGCAGAGUUGGCUUUGCCUGGUGACAAGGGAGAUCAAGUUUAUUCUGUUGCAUGGGCACCAAACAUUGGACGGCCAUAUGAGGUAAUAGCUGUUGCAUCUCAAAAAGGAAUUGCUAUAUGGCAUGUUGGAUCAACCCCUGACUUGGAUGGAAGGCUCUCAGUAGAGAAGGCUGCAUUGCUUUCUGAACAUAACAGUGAGGUGUGGCAGAUGGAAUGGGAUAUGAGCGGAAUGACCUUGGCAACUACUGAAAGUAAUGGGCCUGUAAGGCUGUGGCAAUCCAACUUGAACGGCGCUUGGCAUGAACAAGCCGCAUUUGAACCCACUUCUUAGUCCUCUGUGUAAAUGUGUUUUUCUAUAUUCCCUCUCUCUCCUCUCUUUUGGUGGCUUACCCAAAUUGUGCAUUUGUUUAUGAGUGCAAUGUUUCAAACACGAUCUUUUUCCCCUUCAAGUUUUUUCUUAUAAUUAUGUAGUCAAAACUUGAAUAUUCUUUGCUACUGAAUGCUUUUCUUGUCUCU